CAUGUAACAUUCCCAUCUCUAUAUCUUGGUAAGAAUUUAUUUAGGAAUUUUGUUUUGAAGCAUGUUGCAGCGCUUGUCGCGGGGUUUGCCUCAUUUGAGGCAAUAUGGGCCACGCUUGGCCUCUACUCUGCCCUCAAAUCAAGCCCAGCCUGGUGAGGAGGAGGUCAGCGCCACAGUCAAAAGGAUUCGUGCGGAAUUGGCCACCGACAAGCAGAAACUAAAGUGGCGCACACCGAUUGGAGAUAGGCCGGAGGAUUGGAGCAGUAAGCUGAAGCUGUUUUCAAAUAACGAGCAGACCUCCGAUUUCAUUGUGAUGAUGCAACGGCCCAUUGACAUCAGUCCCAGCAAUGUGAAAGAGUGGUGGAAAAAUCGCGGGGAGCGGAUAGAAAGGCAUAUGCAACAGUUCAUCCCGGAGAGACACAAGAUCCUGGGUGCAGAGCUUGCCGCUGCCCAUUUUAUUCUUUAUCGGGGCGGCGCUGCCAAGUUCCUUAACGAUUCCCGGUGGCAUCGAGCCACGGAAGAAGGUGAAUUCAACCUGCCCAACAAGUUUGAUGCCCGCUUCAAAGUGGAGGCUCUGCGUUGCGACAACAUGACUUUGUACUACGAGGGACUGGAAAACAUACGCAGCUUGGGCUCACUGAAGUUUCUGUCCUUCCACAACGUGAAAACAUUUGAUGACUGGUGUCUGGAUCGCAUUUCCGGUGGAGGCUAUCCAAACCUAGAGGUGUUGGACCUUUCGGGAACCGAUAUAACGAUAAAUGGACUAUCGUGCCUUUACCGACUGCCCCACUUAAAAUUGUUGAUCUUGGAUGACCCAAAAGCCACACUAGAAAUGGAGUUGGCUUCAGUCAUGUUAGAGGAAGCUAUACCCAAUUUAAAGAUUGUAGGAGCAGAUGCUAUACACCUGAGCGCCGAAUCCUAAAUUAGGCUGAGUGCAAUUAAAUUAUAUACAAUGUUUUCCCAAAAA